UUAAUACUACACAGCUUACCGGUAGCGAAAAAAGUAAUAGCUCAUACAAAACUACUUGACCUCGUCAGCGAGAAUUAUAACCGCUUCAACUCCAAAGUCAUGGUUGUUUCCACCACUCUCCUCCACCUUCAUUCUUGAUCCAAUCUACCUCAACCUUCACUCCUCAACCCUAAAAACUCUCUGAAUUCCCUCUCUCUCUCGUUUCAUUCCCAUCCAUGUUUUCUCCAUUUUUGAUUUUUCUCGGUUCGUUCUUUGCGUAGUUGACUCCGCAUUCUGUUCUGUUAGAAACUGGUUUUACCUGAUCGAGGAUGAGAGGUCCCACUCCAAGUGCCGUUGAGCCACGUCACCGACUGUCAACAUCGUUCAGUGAGGAUACUAACAAAAGAAGGUCUCAAAGAAAUAAGGAUUUUAAAGAUGUUGAGAAAGCAUCGCAUGUUUCCUUCCAAGAUAGGGCGAUAAAUUGCAAGCCGAAUUGGAAAUUUGUUCUGGUCAUUAUUAUAUUGGGAACCUUGCUUACAAUUUUCCAUCCUCCAGCUGUUUAUAAUACUGAUCAUAUAUCAAACUCUCUUUCACGGUCAAAAUUUGUAAACAACAGGAAUGGAGAGUUCGGCGGAACUGAUCCCCGUUAUGUAUCACAUCUAAAUAUAGACUGGAACCAAAUAACUAAUGUUCUUGAAAAUUUGAAGGAUAAGGAGACAUAUCAGGGUGUUGGCUUACUAAACUUCAACGGCAGUGAGAUUGACCACUGGAAGCAGCUGGUACCAGAAACCGAGCAUGUAGUCCUUCACCUGAACUAUGCUUCAAAUAACAUCACUUGGGAAGACUUGUAUCCAGAAUGGAUAGAUGAAGAAGAAGAAUACGAGUUUCCUACUUGUCCAUCACUACCUAGGAUUCAGGUACCAGGAAAACCACGGCUUGAUCUUAUUGCUGUUAAGCUUCCAUGCGACAAGUCAGGGCGCUGGUCAAGAGAUGUAGCUCGUUUGCAUUUGCAGAUUGAAGCAGCGAGACUUGCUGCCACUUCCAAAGGGCUUCGUCCAGUUCAUGUGCUUUUUGUGACUGAUUGUUUCCCUGCUCCAAAUCUCUUCACUUGCAAGGAUAUUAUACAGCGAGAAGGGAAUAUCUGGCUUUAUGAACCCGACCUGCAUAAACUCAGAGAGAAGCUGCAGUUACCAAUUGGUUCAUGUGAACUAUCAGUUCCAUUCAAGGCUAAAGAAAAUUUUCACUCUGAAAGGGCGCACCGAGAAGCUUAUGCAACAAUCCUGCACUCUGCACAUAUAUAUGUUUGUGGAGCUAUUACUGCAGCUCAAAGUAUUCGAAUGUCUGGUUCAACACGUGAUCUCGUGAUUCUUGUUGAUGAAACAAUCACUGAUUAUCAUAGGGGUGGUUUGGAGGAAGCUGGAUGGAAGAUUCAUACUAUUAAAAGAAUCAGGAAUCCGAAAGCAGAACCAGAGGCAUAUAAUGAGUGGAACUACAGCAAAUUUCGUCUCUGGCAGUUAACUGAUUACGACAAAAUCAUUUUCAUUGAUGCCGACCUUCUUAUACUCAGAAAUAUUGAUUUCCUUUUUGAGAUGCCUGAAAUAUCAGCCAUAGGAAACAAUGCUACACUGUUCAACUCAGGCGUAAUGGUGGUUGAACCGUCGAAUUGUACAUUUCAAUUACUUAUGGAUCACAUUAAUGAGAUUGUGUCCUACAACGGCGGGGACCAGGGUUAUCUUAAUGAAAUUUUCACAUGGUGGCAUCGGAUUCCGAAACACAUGAACUUCUUGAAGCACAUCUGGGAAGGCGACGAAGAAGAGAAAAAGGCGACAAAAACCCGUCUCUUUGGAGCUGAUCCACCAAUCCUCUAUGUCAUCCACUAUCUAGGUAAUAAACCAUGGCUUUGUUUCCGAGACUACGACUGCAACUGGAACGUGGACAUUCUGCAGGAGUUUGCUAGCAAUGUAGCUCAUGCGAGGUGGUGGAAGCUUCAUAAUGCAAUGCCAGAAAACUUGCAGAAGUUCUGUUUGCUUAGGUCAAAGCAGAAGGCGGCGUUGGAGUGGGAUCGUAGACAAGCCGAGAAAGGUAACUACAGCGAUGGUCACUGGAAAAUCAAGAUUAAAGACCCGCGAUUGAAAACGUGCUUCGAGGAUUUCUGCUUCUGGGAGAGUAUGUUAUGGCAUUGGGGUGAAAAGAAUUGGACAGAUAAUUCUACUGUGAACAAUUUGCCACCUGCUGUCAAAACCAAAUCUCUAUCUUCUUUAUGAGCUUACUCUCUCUUAAUACUUCGAAUAUAAUGUUUGCACAGUGUGAUUUGAUUUCUUUCUAUAGUCUUAUACUGUAAACAAAAUAUUAUUGCUAUAUUACACUUGGGUCAAUAUUAUGAUGCAGCUAGUCAUUAUUCUUUUUGAGAUUUAUAAAGUACAGUCAUCUGCAAAUGAAUACACUUUUUGUUUUUAA